AUGCUUCGUUCCAGUUCAUUUCUUGGAGGAUACUCGAGAUCACUAUCUAAAAACAAAUUAAGGCCUAGAGUCUUGUCUUACAGACAUACAAAAUUACGGUAUUUGGCAUUGUUUUUUGCUUGCAUGAUUAUGAUAGGCGAUGCUUAUUGCUUUGAUAAUCCCAUGGCUUUAUAGAGUGAAAUAAAGGAUAAAUAUGAGGUGGAUCAAUUUAAAUUCAACUUAUUAUAUACAGUUUAUUCAUUACCGAAUAUCAUACUUCCAUUUUUUGGAGGUGUUUUGAUUGAUAAAAUUGGUGCACGAACAGCCAUCCUACUGUUUUCGAGUAUCAUUAUGAUAGGUCAACUGGUUUGUGUUUGGGGUGCAUCAAAUUUGAGUUAUUGGACUCUAAUAACAGGGAGAGUAAUCUUCGGAAUGGGAUCAGAGAGUUUGAAUGUGUCUCAGAAUUCGAUAAUGGCGAUCUGGUUUAAAGAUUAGGAGAUGAGUUUGGCAAUAGGAUUGUGUAUAAGUAUCCCUAAAAUUGGUAAUGCUCUCAAUAGUCUUCUAAGUCCAUAAAUAUAUUCUAAAUAUUAAUCUUUAGCUGCUCCUAUGAUGGUUGGAGUUGGAACACUAAUAUUCUCAUUUAUUUGUGGAAUAGCCUUAAUUUAUAUGGACUAUAAAAGCGAGCAGAGAGAAAAGCAAAAUCAAAUGUUAUUGAAUAAAAACGAUGAGAAUCACAGAUCUCAAUCAGAACUUUCUGCCUCUGUCAAAUAAUCAGUCAAAGACGAAGAUUGCGAUUCUCCAGACUUAGGACGAAGCCCAGAAAUAUUCGCCACUCCAUAGCACCACGAAGAACCAGAGGAGCAUGAAGCGAAAGAAGAAAUCAAUUUCAAAGAUAUUGCCAAACUCUCAGGCACCUUCUGGAUUUUGAUUAUAAUUUGCAUGUUGACAGAAGCAUUAUUCGUACCAUUCUUAGAUAAUGGAAAUGAAUUAUUACAAGAGAGAUUUGGUAUGACAGCUGAAUAAGCAGGACUAUUCUUGAUUAUACCAUAUUUGGUUGCAUCAGGAUCCACUCCAUUUAUAGGAAACAUGGCUGAUAAAUUUGGUCGAAGGAGUCUUUUAAUAAUUGUAACCUCAUUCAUUUUUCUUAUAACACACAUUCUUUUCAUUUUCAGAAUGUGCACUUCAGCUUGCUUUUUAAUCACACUCCCAUUAACUAUCUUGGGAUUGUGUUUUGGGUUCUAUGCCUCAGUGGUCAUUCCCUCAGUUCCUUUUGUGGUCAAAUCCAAUCUUGUUGGCACAGCCUUUGGAUUAACAGGAGUAUUUUAAAACACUGCUUUAGCCUUAUUCCCUAUGAUUACAGGAAUGAUAUUUAACUAAUUCAAAUAUGACGAACAUGGAGAAGAAAACGAAGAAAGAGGAUAUGUCUAUUAAAGUUUCUUCUUUAUUGGUAUGAGUGUAUUACUGGUAAUUAUUGCUAUUCUGUUGAUGUUUGUUGAUAAAAACGGAGAAAGAAAACUAAGUUAGAAGGGAAGAGGAAUUCCAAAGAAGAAUAAAGUUGAUUAUCUAAGUGUGCAUGAAGUCACAGAUAUUCCAGAGGAUAAGAAAAUACGCAUCGAUUAUGAUACAGAUCAUAGAAUUUGAUAUUCAAUUAUUUAUUUUAUUAAAUAAUUUAACUUCGCUUA